AGAAUGCGAACGAACAACACACAACAAAAGGCCACAGUUUCGCCGCUGCAAAUGUACAACUUGGGCCCUGAUGUCGAUCAGAUGUGAAAAAUCUCAGCUGACAUCGGAAAAUGGCACGAGUUCAAAACAAUCCUGACCGAGCGCAAACAGCUGUUUUCGCUGCUGUUGCGCGGUGGGAACCUCAGCAGCCACGGCAUUUGCGGAAACAAACCAUUGUGCAUCCACGAGAUGUGGCGCCUUAUGUGGCUCGAGUAAACCAUCCCUUGACAGACACUGUUAAAUCGGCGCUUUCGAUCCCGUGUGGAUAAGAACCUCGAACAAGUCCGUAGGUUUGUGUGACUUCGAACCUGAUAACGCGCACACGCCCCCGUGUUUCAAAGGACCGCUUGUAUCUCUUAGCGUUGAAAUGUUCUCCACCAGCGCGGAAUGGGAAAGCCCUGCGGGAUGUGGUUACGCAAUGUCAGAUCACUUCAUCACACACUAAGUAGAAACACAUCAUUACCAAGCUUUGUCAUAGUAGAGAGAUGACAGACUCCGAGGGCACGGAGACGCUCUUCCUGCAGACUCUUUGGGACUGGUUGAGGCAGCGACAGAGCCUGCUCGGGUCACCGUUUUUCCCGGUUUCGUUCUCCCUGGCCGUCUACCUGUGCUGCUGCUUCCCUUACAUUUGUCUGGAUCUGCUCGGCUCGAGAGUGGCCGCGGUGCGUCGCUUCAAGAUCCAGCCUCGAAGCAAAGUCACAUGGGCAAUGGCCUGCGGGUCCCUGCGCAAAAUUCUCUGCAACCACGUCUUUUUCAUCUUCCCCCUGUCCCUCGUGCACUGCCACUGGAAGCCCGCGAACUCUCCUGCACUGGCACCUGGGCUCCCGUCGGUCGCCACGGACGUGCUGGCCUGCCUCCUCCUGUUCGACCUGCAGUACUUUUUGUGGCACCUCCUGCAUCACAAGGUGAGCUGGCUUUACCGCUUCUUCCACAUGGAGCACCACUACCACACGGCCUCGUUCUCCCUGAUGACGGAGGACACGGGCGUCUGGGAGACGCUGAGCCUCAGCUUCUUCAGCGCGCUGAACCCCGCGCUCCUCGGCUGCCACCCGCUCACCGAGAUGCUCUUCUUCGUCACCAACAUUUAUCUGUCCGUGGAGGCUCACUCGGGCUACGAGCUCCCCUGGUCCCCGCACAGGCUGGUGCCCUUCGGCCUCUACGGCGGCGUUCGGCACCACGACCUCCACCACCUGAAAUUCAAGGUGAACUACGCGCCCUACUUCACGCACUGGGACCGGCUCCUCGGCACACUGCGGACGGAGGGCGCGCGGGGGGAGUUAAGAAACGCGGAGAUGUGAGUGUCGUGAAGGACAUUUUCCCUCUGCUGUCAACCUGCAACGCCGACGAGGACUGACUUCGACUUGGCGAGCAGGUACCCGCUGGCGAGCUCGGCGGCCUGGAGAGAGAGAGAGACAGAAGACACGUGGUUUGCCUUGUUUUGGUCGCGAACCUGGAGCUUUCUCACUGCCAUGGCUCUGCGCCGGCUACAGCAUCCCUUCUCCAUAAAGGAUCGCUCUCUCGAAGUAUUGCUUAAACCCCCUGAGCGUUGAAUCCACUCGUGAAAUCAUCCAUUCGUUUGCUCUAACUACUUUACUUUUGCUACAGAAUGCGCAGUAUUGUUUUUUGUUUUUUUGUAAUUACCCUCCGUUUUACUGGAUUCGUUAAAAUUAACCAAAAAAAAAAAAAAAACAUCAUCUCUGAAGUAUCAAAUGGCUCCAUCCCUAUAUACCGAGCCCCAAAUCGGACAAAAGGUAGUAAAAUGUUAUUAUAUAUAAAAUCUAACCAGUAUACAUCGAUAAAUAUCCCAAUAGUUUGUUA